GCCAGUGAUGGUGGCUGCCCCGUGCCCGAGGUGAGCACGGGACACGCCCCAGUGUUUUUACUUCCUAGCAAGAGUUGGCGGGAACCCUGAAAACAACGUCAGAUGCUCAUUUGGAGCUAACAGCUGUUGAGAAAUGAAGGACUUUGGUGUUGGGCUCACGAGUUUUACAAGCAUUUCCUUUGUGGCUUUGGACAGGAGGCUACCUGACUUCUUUACGGAACCUGCAAUAUUUUAACUUGGUUUGAAAAUGAGUAAGCGCAGAAAGCUACCAGUUCAGCAAUCCCCAAGUUCUGAGACCUUCGGCCCAGAUGUGCUUGCUGAUGUUUUUGAGCUCUUUGCCAAGAACUUUUCAUACUGUAAGCCCCUUAAUAAUGAGUGGCAGUUACCAGCUCCCACUGAGGCGUUCACCUGUGACCACACAGAGUUCAGUGCUUUUCUUGACUUGAAGAACUCCCUAAACGAAGUGAAAAACCUCCUGAGUGACAAGAAACUGGAUGAGUGGCACCAGCACACUUCUUUCACCAACAAGGCAGGGAAAAUCAUUUCUCAUGUGAAAAAGGCUGUGAAUGCAGAACUUUGCACUCAAGCCUGGUGCAAAUUCCAGGAGAUUUUGUGCAGUUUUCCACUUAUUCCUCAGGAAGCUUUUCAGAACGGAAAACUUAAUUCUCUGCACCUCUGUGAAGCUCCAGGAGCUUUCAUAGCUAGUCUCAAUCAUUACUUAAAAUCCCACCGGUUCCCCUGUGAAUGGAGUUGGGUAGCUAAUACCCUGAAUCCAUACCAUGAGGCAAACGACAAUCUUAGGAUGAUCAUGGACGACCGGCUAAUUGCAAAUACCCUGCACUGUUGGUACUUUGGCCCAGAUAACACUGGUGAUAUCAUGAGCCUGAAAUACCUGACUGGACUUGAGGAUGUCCUCAGCGGCAUGUCUACUGUGCACUUGGUCACUGCGGAUGGGAGUUUUGAUUGCCAGGGAAACCCAGGUGAACAGGAAGCUUUGGUCUCUCCUUUGCAUUAUUGUGAGGUUGUCACUGCUCUGACCACUCUUGGAAAUGGCGGCUCUUUUGUUCUAAAGAUGUUUACGUUGUUUGAACAUUGUUCUGUAAACCUCAUGUACCUGCUGAAUUGUUCCUUUGAGCAAGUCCAUGUCUUCAAACCUGCUACUAGCAAGGCGGGAAACUCAGAGGUCUAUGUGGUGUGUCUCUGCUAUAAGGGAAGAGAAGCUGUCCGUCCUAUGUUGUCUAGGAUGGUGUUGAAUUUUGGGACUGAGAUGACCAGGAAAGCGCUCUUCCCCCAUCAUGUGAUCCCCAAAUCUUUUCUGGAGCGACAUGAAGAGUGCUGUACAUUCUUUCAUAGGUACCAGUUAGAGACUAUUUCUGAAAACAUUCGUCUGUUUGAGUGCAUGGGGAAGGGGGAACAAGAGAAACUGAAUAAUUUAAGGGAUUGUGCUGUACAAUAUUUUAUGCAAAAAUUUCAACUGAAGCCUCUUUCUAGAAGUCACUGGCUUGUUAAAAAAUCCAAUAUUGGUUGUAGUACAAACACAAAAUGGUUUGGACAGAGGAGCAAGUAUUUUAAAACCUAUAAUGAACGGAAGAUGCUGGAAACCCUUUCAUGGAAAGAUAAAGUAGCCAAAGGAUACUUCAAUAGUUGGGCGGAGGAACAUGCCGUGUAUCAUCCUGGGCAAAAUUCCCUCUUAGAAGGGGCUACUUCUAAUCUUGAAUGCCACUCAUGGCAUAUUUUAGAAGGAAAGAAACUGCCGAAGGUGAAGUGUUCUCCUUUCUGUGAUGGUGAAAUUUUAAAGACUCUUAAUGAAGCCGUUGAGAAGUCCUCAGGGGAAGCUUUGAGCCUGGAUUCCAAGUGCAGGUCCCCACAGCAGUGCCUCUGCUGCCACGUUUUUUCAGAAGAAUUGAUAUUAUCCGAGCUGUUUAGCCUUACCAAGUGCCUUCAGGCUGAGCAGGUUGUGGAACCCAGCAACCCAGUAAAGUGCCUGCUUGUGGGUUCCCCGGCUGUCUGUGAUUUCACAAUGCACACGCCGCUGGAAGUCCACCUGUUGGAAUCCAUCGACCUCAUGACCUUCAGCUGUUCGUUGCUUCACGAUGGUGACCCGACAUACCAGCAUCUGUUUUUGGAUUGCCUUCUACACUCGCUGAAGCAGCUUCAUACAGGAGAUGUAAUGGUUUUGCCUGUACUCUCUUGCUUAACAAGAUUUAUGGCUGGCUUGAUCUUUGUUCUCCAUAGCUGUUUUAGAUUUGUCACGUUUUCUUGUCCCACGUCCUCUGAGCCCCUCAGGACCUGUGCAGUCCUGCUCUGCAUUGGUUACCAGAACCUUCCAAAUCCAGUGUUUGAGUAUCUGCAGAAUGUUAACGAGUUGUUGAGCACCUUGCUCCAUUCUAACGCACCCCAGCAGGUUUUGCAGUUUGUGCCAAUGGAGGUGCUCCUUCAGGGGACACUGCUUAACUUUUUGUGGGAUUUGAAUGCUGCCAUUGCUAAACGGCAUUUGCAUUUGAUUAUUCAAGGAGAGAGAGACAAAGUCAUCAGCAGCCUUGAGUUAUAAGAUUGAACAUGUCAUUGUUGAGAUUUGGUUGUGUGACUUACAGUUUCUGCUUUCAUUUCACCUACCCUCCCUAUUUAUUUAAUGCCUGUCAUUUUGGAGAAAUGCCAAUUUUUGUAUCAAAGACAUUCUGGAAAGUCAUAGCUUGUUCUGAUUUGAAGGAUAUAUGUACUCAUAGGCACAGAAUUCUUUGGUAGGAACCAUGCACUGAUGGUAUUCAGCCUCUAAUCAUGUGACAUCAGUAUGUGCUUGGGGUAACAACAUACCUGCUUUCAUGUGCAGCUGAGUUGGUCUCAUUUAUCUGCUGAAGAUUUGCACUUCUGUGCCUUCAUUCAGACUUCCCCCAACCAGUUCCGCUCAUUGACUAAUGCUGUUAAUGAUUGUCAGAAGUCAUUCAUAAGAGGAGGUGAGUGACAUCACCUCCUUGGCACCACUAUUUACUUGGGAGCACUUGACUGAUGUGCCAUUAUUGAUUUCAGGGAUCUUUAUACCAGAUUUCUUGGUAUGUGCCAUCCAUUGCCUUUAGAUCAGUGGCUUGAUUUUCUUUUGAUUGGAGUGAAACUAGUGUGCUCUUGAGUGACUGUUUCACUAGCUGUAACUAUUCAACCAGUGAGAGGACAGCUUUAAGCCAAAGCCCGAAGGUCAUUGUAUAGUGGAAAAUUAUGUCUGGUAUUUUGUCAUGAAAAGCUUUCAGCAAUCUUGGCAUUUUUAAUGUCCAAUAAAUAAUGAAUGGAUAGAUGAUUGAGUUUUAAGACUUUGUGUAUAGUUGUCUCUUGUGAGUUACAUAGGAGUGUGGUGAUCAUAGUGAACACUGAGGGAAAGUGUAACACUUUCAGAAUGAUGGCUCAACAAAUUUUUAAUUUUUACUAAUUUUCUUUAGUAUGAAAAUAGCACUUUACUAAUAUCCAUGAAAUGGUUAUUUUGUCAAUUACAAUUGAUUUCUUUGAGUUAUAUAUAUUUAAUAAUAUAGUGAACUUUUCUAGCAACCUGUUAGUUAAUUCUUCAUUAGUUUGAAUUC